GUGUUGAUGUAAUUGGAUCGUAGCCAUUGCCGCCGGAGGCAAAGCAUACUCCAGUGAGGAGGUCUUGAAGCUGCAGAUUUGGAUCAAGAUAUGCCGGCAAGAUUUUCUUUACUCCUAAUGCUUCAGCUGAUGAUCCAAGGAGGGUUAAAGCCAAAGAAAACAAGAAAAGCAAGAGAUCAGAAACCAAACAAAAAGGCUUAGGCCGUGAAACCCCAGUGGCAUCAACACUCACCAACAGUAGGAACCACUUGAAUCUCAUGAAUCCUUAAAGCGGUCCAGAAGAGCACCACGGUAGCAGCAGCUCAAGCUGAUGAGUACUGAGGACACCACCGCCACCUCGUCUUUUUGCUUGUGGAAUUUUAUACGAACAGUUUGAUAGUUCAGGGAGAGCUCAUUUUUGCCAUUGUUGCUGCGGCGAUGGGUCUUCUCGAUUUCUGCUCUCAACUCUGUGGUGGCAACCACCACCACCACCAUGAUAGUAAGAAGCUCAGAAGUAAACAAUUGAAGACAGUAGAGAUCAAAGUGAAAAUGGACUGUGAAGGGUGCGUGAAAAAGGUGAAGAAAUCAGUACAAGGAAUGAAGGGAGUGACAAAUGUGGAAGUAGAACGUAAGCAAAGCAAGCUCACUGUAACCGGAUACGUGGACCCAAACAAGGUAUUGCAACGUGUCAGACAUCGAACGGGUAAGAGGGCUGAUUUCUGGCCAUACAUACCGUACGAUGAACUUCCUCACCCUUAUGCACCAGGAGCUUACGAUAGGAAGGCCCCACCUGGGUAUGUCCGGAAUGUGCUGGAGGAUCCUGAGGCUGCUCCUCUCGCACGUGCUAGCUCUUUUGAAGUUAAGACUACUACUGCCUUCAGCGAUGACAACCCAAAUGCCUGUGUUGUUAUGUAGAAGGCUUAUUUAGGGUUUUUUUUCUUUCACCUGUUUGUAGCUUUUUGGUAUUUACUCGUAUUUGAUAGCUUUUUAUUUGUAAAUUUUUUAUUAGCCUUUGUUUUUCUUUAUAAAAUAAAAAUAUUACCA